GCUGAUGCGCUGCAUGACCCGGAAGUACCGGCGGCGCGGUGCCGCCGUUCCGCUGUCAUGGCGGCGCGGGCGGCGCUGGAGGCCGCGGCCCUGUCCCGGGACGUGGUUCUGUUCCAGCACGACCGCAGCCGCUUCUUCCGCCUCGUGGGGCUUUUCUGCGCGGGCCAGGGGCUCUUCUGGGCUUACCUGGCGCAUUUCGCCUUCACGUCGCUGCGCCCCGCGCCCGCAACCGAGCCCGGGCCCGAUGACCCGCUGCGACCCCGCGACAACAAGUGGCGCUUUGGGUUCACGGCGUCCUGCCUGACCGUCGGCUCGCUGAUCGUGGCCGCGGGCUGGCUGCUCCCGCUGCGCUCCGUGCGCCGGGUGACGCUGCUGCGGGGCGGCUCCGAGGUUCGCAUCGGCACCCACGGCCCGCUCGGGCUCGGCCGCCGCUCGCUGACGGUGCCGCUGCGGGACGUGUCCGGCCGCGCGCACCGCAGCGAGGUGGCCGCCGCCAUCCCCAUCAAGGUCAAGGGAUUCCCGUUCUUCUUCCUGCUGGACAAGGGCGGGCAGCUCAGCGACCCCCGGCUCUUCGACCUCACCGUGGGCGCCUUCCGCAAGUUGUAGGCGGUGCCACCUGCGGGUGCAGCGGGGACACAGCGGGGCUGGCGCUUGUCACCCCCAGAACUGACUGUGGGACACCCACCCGGCUCGGGGACACAGCGGGGUUGUCACUUGUCACCCCCAGAACUGACUGUGGGACACCCACCCGGCUCGGGGGACACAGCGGGGUUGUCACUUGUCACCCCCACAAUAAAAUGUGAAAAACCCACCUGGCUCGGGGUGGGGCACAGUGGGAUUCUCACAUGUCAUCCCCAAAAUAAAAUGUGAAAAACCCA